UCUAUCCGCCCACUCUUCGAGCUCGCCGCGUCCUUGUCGACUCAUAGGGACCUCUCAUCAGCUGUUCCGGGUUCCUUCUAUCAGGCGUUGCGGGCUGCUCUUAUCAGGCCACGGCCCAUAGCGGAGAAUCUGGUUGAGGUGAAGCCGCCUGGGCUUCAUAACACUUCAUGCCUGCAGUGAAGCAUCCGUGCCUCCAGUGCAAAGAAAAGCACGUCAAAUGUGACGAGGAACGCCCCAAGUGUCGGCGGUGCCAGUCGAAACUCUUACCAUGCACUCGUCCAGCUAAGAGGACUGUCUUCCGCCAUGGCUCAGUUGUCAACUUCUCCAAAGAGCAGAAAUGGGUGAACAGCGAAGUAAAACACUUUCGUUUCCACUCCCAAGGAGGCGGCUCCUCGGUGGUGAGCCAGGAGAGCCCUGAUCAGCAUGGAGCAUCUGAGGGAUGGAUUGCGGCUUCUCCCGGCGCAGCCAACCAGCACCCAUAUCAUGUUGCAUCGAACGCGGGUCCUUCGCUUGGUUCACCUUCGACUCACUCGCCUCAUCUGAGCAACCAUUCCGAGGAGCAAACCCCUGAAGCUGCAUCAUUCCGAGCUCAGGAACAUCCAUACGACGAGCGGCCGUCUCCUCAAUAUGGUCCCCACAUUCGACCUCGCGGACAAGGGGAGGCAGACCAUUAUUCUUCUGUGACACACCCUGCUGCAUCGUACCCCACUGAUGAUGCUUCUGCUUCAUACGCCUCCUUAUAUGACCGCUACGUGCCAAGUGUAAUAUCAUCUCAGGAAGAUGAGACCCUCCAACGCCGUUUCCCCCUAGAAGACACUCGAGAAGCUUGCCUUUUCAGGUAUUUUAUUGAAGAGAUUGCUCAUUGGUUUGACUUGUGUGACGAAGAUCGCCAUUUUCAGCUUGCUGUCCCUCGGCGAGCUCAUCAUCACCCGCAUCUUCUCAACGCAAUCUUUGCCGUUGCUGCUCGCCAUCUUAGUCGUCUCCCCCAGUAUAGAACUCCCGCUGGGAUCCUAUAUCACGGGCAACUUAUUCCCAACCUGAGCGAACAUGACGCUGUCGAGUACAUGCUAAAAUGUAUCCCUGCGCUUCGGCACUUUCAUGAGAUUGAUGAUGAUGAUUAUCGGGAUAGUAUUAUUGCCACUGCUGUCAUACUUCGCCAGCUGGAAGAAAUCGACGAAGAGGACGAUGAUGCUCCGGCGAAUGUUGGCGGCAACCACCAAAGCGACGAUGCUCACUUGCAUUCUAGCAAGGUGAAUUUCCUCCCAAUUAUCAAUUCUGUAUUGAGGAGCUCGGCAUCGCAAACGUUGUUUGGUCGAAGGAGUCUCAUUCAGGCCGCAUACUGGAUGGCGCUUCGACAGGAAAUUUACCACUCAUUCACUCGAAAACAGCCGCCACAGCUGUUUCCCUCGAUAGAGCUGUGGCAUAGCGCAUCAAAGGCCAACAAAACGGUUAUGCAUACCAUACAAACUGCCAAAUGGCGCUGGGAAGACGGAUCUGAGCGCGAAUGGACGAGGCUUAUGGACCAGCAACAAUAUCUUGAACGCGAAAUUCUUGCCAAUUUCCAGCCCAUCUUCAGGAGAGCAGCAGACAAGGCCAAGGGAGAAAUCUUUCCUACCAUCUGGUACGGAUCAAAUCUUGAAGUGACGAGUAUUCAGCAGAGCAUCAUGGCCAAAUCGGUGCUGGUUGGCGAGAGCCCGCUUCUCAGACGGCCAACGGCAUCUCGCGCCGAUUGGAGAAAGGCUGAAAACGACGUCCGACUUCUGCUACUAGAUCUGUGUGGCAUCGCCCUCUGUCAUCCAGCCUCACCCCCGGCACUGUUGAAUGCUGCCAUUGGCAUUCAGCUGUAUGGCGACUUUUUCACAGAUCGAUACGAGCGACAGGCGCUUCGGGGCGUGGUAGAAAAGUAUCGGGACGCGCGAGCGUGGCCAGUUCAGAAGCUGCUGGAGAUGUUUAAAGAAUGAGGCUGAAUUCGUUUGCUAGGCGUAUCAUGGUCAAUUUCAUCAAGAGGAUAGAUAGCCGUUGUAUAUAGAAGGAGUUGUCACCAGGCAGCGUAUUGCAAGCGUUGUAAAUAGAUUUUGAGACUUCAAGAUGUGAUGAUGCUGAAAGAAUGGCGUCGCAGGCUCCAG